AUGGCACACCAGCACCUGUGCCUGAUCCUGGGUGCAGCCAUAGCCCUGCUGUUUGCUGAGGCUGGAAGAUCGUCAAUUCAUCCUUAUCCUCAUCUGCCAGGGAAUAUACAUGGGGUGAGCUCGGUCCGCAGCUGUCAGGUGUGCAGCACGUGGGGGAACUAUCACUUCAAGACUUUCGAUGGAGACCUCUUCCAACUGAAGUCCGACUGUAACUACCUGCUGGCCUGCUCCUGCUCCAGCCCGUACCAGGACUUCAAUGUGCAGGUGCGCAGGGGGCAGGGUCAGGGGGGCCAGCCUGUCAUCACCAGGGCACUCUUCAGUCUGGAUGGUGUGACUGUGGAGAUCACGACGAAUGAAGUACUCAUCAAUGGGAACCCAGCUGUGUUACCUGUGAGCCAGGCCGGAGUGCAAGUGGAGCGGAGCCAUGGCUACAUCAAAGUCAGAGCCAAGCUGGGACUGCUCGCCCUGUGGAGCCCAGACUCUUUACUUCUGGAGGUUGAUAACAAAUACCAGAACCAGACAUGUGGACUCUGUGGAGACUUCAAUGGUGUCCCACUCAAUGAGUUCUACAGCCAUGGAGUCAAAAUGCCACUGUGGGACUAUGCGAGUCUGUGGAGGAAGGAUGGACCCUCGGAAAGCUGCCAUGAUAGUGGCCCAGAUCCCACUCCUCCCAGCUGUGGUCACAUGCGACCUGUAUGUGAGCGCCUCUUCUACUCCCCCGCCCUGACCCCCUGUCGCCCUUACCUGGACGUGGACUCCUUCCUAUUAGCCUGUAUCCAUGAUGCCUGCCACUGCAUGACAGACUCUGACUCCAACUCCGACUCCUCUGAGCACUCUCUGUCCAGCUGCCUCUGUCACACGCUCUCCGAGUUCUCCAGGCAGUGUGUACGAGCAGGAGGGAGGCCCGGCCACUGGAGGACCAAGAAGCUCUGCUGUAAGACCUGUCCUCUGAAGAUGGAGUACAGAGAAUGUUCCAGUGCAGUGAUGGACACCUGCUCCAACCCUGAGGCCAGCAGCACCAGUGACGAGCACUGCAUGGAUGGCUGCUUCUGCCCUGAAGGCACAGUGCUGGACGACCUGACUGGAAAGGGCUGUAUCCCACUGAACGAGUGCUUCUGCAGCUACAAUGGUCAGAACUACGCACCUGGCGAGAGCUACACUAGCAAAUACCAGAAGUGUGUGUGUGAGAGUGGCCAGUGGGUGUGCACAGAGAGAAACUGUUCAGGCACCUGCUCUGUGGAGGGAGGGGCCCACAUCACCACGUUUGAUUCAAAGACCUACACCUUCCAUGGAGACUGCUCUUACACCAUGGCCAAGGACUGCGAUGGAGAUCAGUUUGUAGUCCAGGCUGAGCUGAAGCAGUGUGGCCUCUCAGAGACAGAGACAUGUCUGAAGGCUGUGGUCCUGGCUCUGAACGGAGGGGCCAACGUCCUCACCAUCAAAUCCAAUGGCAAGGUCUACGUCAACGGCAUCUACGCACAGCUGCCCUUUCCACAGGUAGACGUGGGAGUGAUAGCCUUCCAAGCCUCGUCCUUCUACAUUCUGGUGAAGACCUCUGUGGGUGUGCUCCUGGAGGUGCAGCUGCUGCCCAUCAUGCAGCUCUUCAUCACAGUGGAGAGCCAACACAAAAACAAGAUGUGUGGUCUGUGUGGAAACUUCAACGGGAACCAGGCAGAUGACUUCAUGAAGCUGAGUGGAGUGCUGGAGGCCACGGCCACAGGUUUCGCAAACAGCUGGAAGACCUGUGCCAACUGCAUGGACGUGAGACCGGUGUACCAUGACCCCUGCACCCUGAGCCACGACAGCGAGCAAUUCGCCCAGCACUGGUGCAACCAACUGAUAAUGAAAAACGGAGUGUUCGCCCCCUGCCACGCGCAUGUCAACCCCGAACCCUACUACCAGAGGUGCACGUAUGACAGCUGUAACUGCGAGCGGAGUGAGGACUGCAUGUGCGCAGUUGUGUCCUCCUAUUUCCAUGCCUGUUCAGCAGCAGGAGUCUGCAUUUCAGGCUGGAGAGACGUACUCUGUGGGAAAUACUGCUCGUGCCCUCCAGGGAUGGUGUACUCUUACAACAUCACCUCUGGUCCUGAGACGUGCCGCUGCAGACACUCCUCUGAGCCUGACUGUCACCUGUCCUUCCUUCCACUGGACGGCUGCGUGUGCGCCCCCGGGACUUACCUGGAUGACUCCGGGAACUGUGUCCCUCCCGCGGAGUGUCCCUGCUACUUCGAGAACAUGGUAGUGCCAGCAGGACAGGUGGUGCAGGUGAUGGGCGGUAUCUGCACGUGUAGAGAUGGUUUCAUCAGUUGUGUUGGAAUUCCAAAUGAACAUCCAGAGGUAUGUGAUCCUCCCCUGGUCUACUUCAACUGCUCUCAACACGGCUCAUCAGCUAAAGGCAAAGAGUGUGAGAAGAGCUGUGCCACACUGGAUUCUGCUUGUGUAAGCUCUGGCUGCACAUCUGGCUGCAUGUGUCCACAAGGGAUGAUUUCCGAUGACCAAAAAGGAUGCAUCAAACCAGUGGCGUGUCCCUGUGUCCACAAUGGGCUGUCCUACUCUCCUGGACAGAGCAUCAAAGUAGACUGCAACACCUGCGUGUGCAAAAACAGGAAGUGGGAGUGCACUUUGAUGCUAUGUGAGAGCAUGUGUACCCUGUAUGGAAAUGGACAUUACCAAACCUUUGACCACCACCGCUUCACGUUUGACGGCAACUGCGAGUACAUCCUGGUCCAGGACCACUGCAAUAAGGUCGAGGGUUCCUUCAGAGUGGUGAUUGAGAACAUCGCCUGUGGCUCCACUGGCACCACCUGCUCCAAGACCAUCAAGGUCUUCCUUCAGGACUCUGAGCUGGUUCUGACCCAGGGCAACUACCAGGUGCAGGGAUCACAGGCUCCAUAUCAAUUCAGUACUAUGGGACUCUACCUGGUCAUCGAGAUCGACAUUGGACUCACCCUCAUCUGGGACCGCAAGAACAUCCUCUUCAUCAAACUCAGCCCAAAAUACAUGGGCCAUGUGUGUGGGUUGUGUGGAAACUACGACGGUAAUGCCAACAACGACAUGACCACUCGCUGCGGAGCCACUGUCAUCAACCCUCUCGUGUUUGGAAACAGCUGGAAGGACUCUCCGAGCUGCCCCGACGAGCACGCUGUCCCCAGCCCCUGCAUGGUCAACCCCCACCGACUGCCCUGGGCCCACAAGCAGUGCACCAUCCUCCUCAGCCAGGUCUUCUCAGCCUGCCAUGCCACUGUGGAUCCAGCUCCUUACUAUGACGACUGUGUAUUUGACACGUGCUCAUGUGACACUGGGGGGGACUGUGAGUGUCUGUGCACAGCUGUGGCUGUCUACGCAGAGGCCUGUAACCAGGCUGGCAUCUGUGUGGAGUGGAGGACCCCAGACUUCUGCCCAAUCUUUUGUGAUUACUACAACCCUCCACACGAGUGUGAAUGGCACUACAAGCCCUGCGGUGUUGCCUGUAUGAAGACCUGCCGAAACCCCUCUGGUCACUGCUCCUCCAACAUCCCUCCUCUAGAAGGCUGCUACCCACAAUGCCCAUCUGCACAGCCAUACUUUGAUGACACUGCCAUGACCUGUGUAGCCAAAGACCAAUGUGGUUGCUACGAUACCAAAGGAAGACAUUUUAACAAUGGUGACACCGUGCCAUCGUCCCUAAACUGUUAUGUAUGUACUUGUGAAUCUCCUACCAUCCAAUGCCAUUACGACGCAAAUGCCUGUAUGUGCCUGUAUCAUGGCGUCUCAUAUCCCCUUGGCAGUGUCUUGUACAAUACCACCGACGGCCAUGGGAACUGCCUCAUUGCUGUGUGUGGUCAUAAUGGCACCAUCGUGCGCCACUUACACCCCUGUCCAGACAUCUCUCUGGCCACGACUACCCCUUUCCACUUCACUACAACCGAAGAACCCUGUGAAGAGAUCUGCUACUGGACCAACUGGAUCAACUCAGACCACCCUAAGUACGGCAAAAAGGGAGGUGAUAACGAAAGCAUCCAGCGGCUCUUAUACAUGAGAUAUGACGUUUGUAUGAAUCCCGUCAAAGUAGAGUGUCGAAGUGUCCAGUACCCACACAAGUCACUCAGCGAACUGGGACAAUCUGUCAUAUGUAACACUAAUAUUGGAUUUAUGUGCAAAAAUAGCCAGCAGCACCCACCCAUAUGUUUGGACUAUGAAAUAAGGAUGAAGUGUUGCAAACCAGGGCAAUGCAUCACAACAAGGCCACCCACACCUGUCACAAAACCACCCAUUACCACAAUUGUUCCCCCUCCAACUGUUUGUCCUGGAGGGGACACAAUGAUCUGCACAUGGUCACAGUGGUUCAACCUUGGACAUCCAUCACCACAACCUAAUGGGGUGGAGAUUGAAUCCAUUCGGGACAUCAUUGCUGCUGGAUUCCACAUCUGUUCAGAUCCAGUGUCUGUGGAGUGCAGAGCAGUUCAGUAUCCAACUCUGUCCAUUUCUCAGGUGGGGCAAGAUGUCAUCUGUGAUAAACAUGUAGGCCUCAUAUGCAAAAAUAAUGAACAGGGACUGAUGCACAAGUGCUAUGAUUAUGAGAUUCGAGUUAAGUGCUGUGAAUGUCCAACAUCAUCAAGUACGACCCCAAAAGCCACCAUCACCACCCCUAAACCAAGAACCACCAGAACUCCUCCAACUUCCAUCAUUCUGCCCACUACUCCUCCAUGCCCUGCUGGACAACAGAUGACGUGUGAAUGGUCACAAUGGUUCAACCUUGGCCACCCAUCACCAGGACCCAAUGGUGAAGAGGUGGAGUCCAUUCGGGACAUCAUUGCUGCUGGAUUCCCCAUUUGUAUAGACCCAGUGUCUGUCCAGUGCAGAGCAGCUCACUACCCAGCACUCCCUCUUUCUCAGGUGGGACAGGAUGUGACUUGUAACAAAGACGUUGGUCUAAUUUGUAAAAAUAAUGAUCAGGGACUGGAACAUGAUUGCUACGAUUAUGAGAUGAGAGUCAAAUGCUGUAAGUGCUUAACAACAUUAACUACAUCACCUACCACUAUGCCACCUUCCACCACCACAACCUGUACAACCACAACCCCACAAACAACAACACCAAUUACCACAAUUGUUCCCCCUCCAACUGUUUGUCCUGGAGGGGACACAAUGAUCUGCACAUGGUCACAGUGGUUCAACCUUGGACAUCCAUCACCACAACCUAAUGGGGUGGAGAUUGAAUCCAUUCGGGACAUCAUUGCUGCUGGAUUCCACAUCUGUUCAGAUCCAGUGUCUGUGGAGUGCAGAGCAGUUCAGUAUCCAACUCUGUCCAUUUCUCAGGUGGGGCAAGAUGUCAUCUGUGAUAAACAUGUAGGCCUCAUAUGCAAAAAUAAUGAACAGGGACUGAUGCACAAGUGCUAUGAUUAUGAGAUUCGAGUUAAGUGCUGUGAAUGUCCAACAUCAUCAAGUACGACCCCAAAAGCCACCGUCACCACCCCUAAACCAAGAACCACCAGAACUCCUCCAACUUCCAUCAUUCUGCCCACUACUCCUGCAUGUCCUGCUGGACAACAGAUGACAUGUGAAUGGUCACAAUGGUUCAACCUUGGCCACCCAUCACCAGGACCCAAUGGUGAAGAGGUGGAGUCCAUUCGGGACAUCAUUGCUGCUGGAUUCCCCAUUUGUAUAGACCCAGUGUCUGUCCAGUGCAGAGCAGCUCACUACCCAGCACUCCCUCUUUCUCAGGUGGGACAGGAUGUGACUUGUAACAAAGACGUUGGUCUAAUUUGUAAAAAUAAUGAUCAGGGACUGGAACAUGAUUGCUACGAUUAUGAGAUGAGAGUCAAGUGCUGUAAGUGCUUAACAACAGCAAUCACCAGAAUAACUCUAACGACUCCUUGUCCUUUUGGAAUUCCCAAGCCCUGCAAGUGGUCACAGUGGUUCAACCUUGGACAUCCCUCAGCAGAGCCCAAUGGCAUGGAGGUGGAGUCCAUUCAGGACAUCCUCGCUGCUGGAUUCCCCAUCUGUUCAGAUCCGGUGUCUGUGGAGUGCAGAGCGGCUCAGUAUCCAACUCUGUCCAUUUCUCAGCUGGGACAAAAUGUCAAAUGUGAUAAACAUGUAGGCCUCAUAUGCAAAAAUAAUGAACAGAGACUGGAGCACAAGUGCUAUGAUUAUGAGGUUAGAGUUAAGUGCUGUGAAUGCCUAACAAUUUUCACCACCACUACACCCCGUACAGAGCCUGUCAACUGUUCCUGUAUCCAUAAUGGAGUUGCCUUUUCUCCAGGUUCAACCGUUUACAACUAUACAGACUUUGAGGGCUACUGUUACAUUGGCUACUGCAACCAGUCGUGUGAUGUUGUGGUUCUGCAUUACCUGUGCGUUACAACAACCCCUAUCACCCCAUCCAAGGACUGUCUUCAUCUCCACCCACCCAGAAAGGAUGGAGAGGUCUGGAAGAUGAGUGGUUGCCGUAUUGGAACAUGUAAAAACGGUGAAGUAAUUAUAGGCCACGUUCCAUGUCCCAUUUCUGAACCAAUCAUGUGCGCAAACAACUUUCCUCCAGUCAAAGUGUUCGACCAUGACGACUGCUGCUGGCAUUAUGAGUGUCAAUGUAUCUGUUAUGGUUGGGGACACAUACACUAUGUGACAUUUGAUGGAACAUUCUACAACUUCCAUGGUGACUGUUCCUACUGGUUGGUGAAGGAGGUGGUCCCCCGGUACGGCUUCAGUGUGAUGAUCACUAAUAACAAUUGUGAAGAGUCCCAUGUCCACACCUGUCCUCACUCCAUCACUGUCUUCUACCAUCAUUACAAGAUCUACAUGAGCCAGAUAAACCACCAUGGCAUUGUCACCAAUCUGAUUAUGGUUAACGACAAAACUGUACGCUGUGCAUACCAAACUCCAAUGUUUCAAAUCACCACCACAGGCAUCGUCACUGUGCUGGUCAUUCCAAAAAUAAAAGUCAAGAUCACCUUCUCUGGGCUCAACUACAACAUCAAUCUGCCUUUCUGUCUGUUCGGCGGCAACACCCAGGGACUGUGUGGUGACUGUGACAAUAAUCGCGCUGAUGACUGCACUGUGCCCAGCACUCACAUACAGUCCUGUGUGGACAUGGCUCAUGAGUGGCACACCAACGACAGCUACUGUCCACCUCCUCCUCCACCUACUGCAAUCCCUACGCCUCCUCACUGCGACUGCCCCAUCUGUGACAUUAUCAAGAGCAAUGUGUUCCAGCCUUGCCACGGUGUGCUGGACUACCAUAUCUUCAUUGCUGCCUGUAGAUUUGAUGUGUGUACUACAAAUGACCGUCACAUGGCUUGUCUGAGCUUACAGGAGUACGCUGCCGCCUGUGCUCAGGCUGGAGUGUGCAUCGACUGGAGAAGUGCCACACAUGGGCUCUGUGAUUACCACUGUUCCAGUCCCAAAGUGUAUGAAGCCUGUGGUCCCCUGGUGGAACCCACCUGUGACUCCUGGUUUAAUCACAAGUUCAUCUACACCUCAAAUGACUUCACAACAAUGAUAUUAAACCAGAGGAUGGAGGGCUGCUACUGCCCCAAUGGUACCAUACUGCUGUCAGCUUACUCCAACGAGUGUGUGCCCAGCUGUGAAAUCUGCCGACUACCAAAUGGAAAAUGGGCAAAAGCCAAUGCCACGUGGACGGAGGGCUGUGAGCUGUGUCGCUGUGAUGAGGACACUCUCCAGGUGGUGUGUGUGGUGAGGCCGUGCCCCCGUCCGCACCCCCUCCUCUGUGAGCACGAGGGUCAGGUACUGGUCACUGACAUAGUGGACUGCUGCCCCAGACACAGAUGUGAAUGUGACAAGUCUCUGUGCACCAGCCGAGUGCCUUUAUGCCUUCCUGGAACAAUCUUAAACACAACAGUGGGCGUGUGCUGUGACAAAUAUGUCUGUGUGCCUAAAGACGUGUGUGUAUUCAACCACCAUGAGUAUCAGGUUGGAGAGGUAGUCCCCAGAGGCCCAUGUGAGAGGUGUGUGUGCAGUGAAAAGAGGGACCCUAUAACCUUACUGCAUCUGCUGGACUGCCACCCACUGCCCUGUGACACCUACUGUGCUCCUGGUUACGAGUACCAGCUGGUCCCAGGACAGUGCUGUGGGAAGUGUGUCCAGUGCAGGUGCUUUGUUACCGUGGGAAAUGUCUCCCACACUCUACAGCCUGGAGAGCAGUGGAGCCCUGAUGGCAAUCCUUGUGUGAAGUUUGAGUGUGUCCGCAUUGGAAACCAGUUCCUGACCGUGGAGUCCAAGAUAAUGUGCCCGCCCUUUGACCCCCAGGACUGCAUCCCGGGAACUGAAACUGUUGCCUCUGAUGGCUGCUGUCGAGUUUGUAUCCUUCGAGGUCACCCAUGCACAGUGACCACCUCUUCUAUGGUGCUGGUGCGCAAGGGCUGUAAGUCUACAAAGCCAGUCAACAUGACAUCCUGCAGCGGGGCCUGUGGAACGUUCACAUAUUACUCUCUGAAGACACACUCGCUGCAGUACUCUUGCUCGUGCUGCCGUGAAGUGAGCACCACCCAGAGAACGGUGGCGCUGCUGUGUCCGGACUACUCCCAGAUCCCCUACACGUACACCCACAUCGAAGCCUGUGCCUGCCUUAAGACCACCUGCUUUAUGGUGGAUCACAGGCUGCCCUACGACAACCACCACACCACCACCCCUUUCACCCCCAUCACCCAAACCUUAAAACCUUUCAUCCGAUCUGUACGGAAAAGAUAG